CAAAAUCUUUACGCAAAUUUUUGUUAUCACUAACCUUAACUAAUACAAACGUACCCAAAAUUUGGCUAUUCCACAUCAUUCGUACUACAGGCGACAAUGCAACAUACGUCGCUCCUCCUACUGGUACUUCUCUUAAUCGGUAACUCUAUAUUAGUACUAACAGAAGACAAAACUUCGGAAGAUAAGAAAUCGUCAGAAAACAAACAGCAAUCUUCAAAAGAACUUGAAGAUGGACACAAACCUUGCAAGAUCCGAGACGUCGGAGAAGGCAGAAAAGUGUGCGUUUGUAAUUCCGAGUACUGCGAUACAAUUCCAAGACCAAAGAAACCGAGCAAAUCUAAAUUCAUUCUGUACACUUCCAACAAACAAGGUCUACGAUUCCACAAAACCACAGGUCAAUUCAACAAAAAGCACCGCUCGAAAAAGUCUGAAUAUGACAUUCACGUGAAUCCGGAUCAAAAGUUCCAGAAAGUCAUAGGUUGGGGCGGAGCUUUCACAGAUUCGACUGGAAUUAACAUGAAAACUCUGGACAAAAAGGCCCAGGAUUUGAUAAUGAAGUCGUACUUUUCCGAAGAAGGGAUUGAGUACAACGUGUGUCGCGUACCCAUUGGUAGUACCGAUUUUUCUGUAAGGAACUACACUUACGAUGACAGUAAAACACCUGACAAGAAUUUGGAACAUUUCGCGUUGGCUCCAGAGGACUUUGAUUAUAAGAUUCCUUUCAUGAAACAAGCAAUGGAGUUGCGCAAAAACGGGCCUAUUAAGUUUUUUGGUUCCACAUGGACGGCUCCACUGUGGAUGAAAACUAACAAUAAGUACUACGGCAAUGGGUUUAUUAAGAAAGAGUUUUAUCAAACGUGGGCUGACUAUUUCGUGCGGUUUUUGGAAGAGUACUACAAAAAUGGGGUACCGAUAUGGGGCAUAACCACACAAAAUGAGCCCAGUAUGGCUGUUUUAGGACUGAAAGAUCUUCCUACUGUGGGUUGGUCGUCUACCAAUAUGAGUAUAUGGUUAAGAGAAAAUUUAGGUCCGGCUAUAAAAAAAUCAAAAUAUCCAAAUACGGUAAUAAUGGCAUUAGACGACCAGAAGCUAUUUUUACCCUGGUACAUCAAUUCCGUAUUCGAGGACCAAAACGCUAAAAAGUAUGUAGAUGGUAUAGCGAUUCAUUGGUACUUGGGGGUCUUUACACCAUGUAGUGCUUUUAAUAUAACCCACACGAAGUACCCAGACAAAUUCAUUUUAUCGACUGAGGCAUGCAGUGGAUUUCAGACAAGCAGUGGAGUACUUUUGGGUUCGUGGGAGCGUGGGGAAGGGUACUCUAAAGACAUAAUCGAGAAUUUGAACUGUUGGGUCGUCGGAUGGGUCGACUGGAACAUGGUACUCGAUAUGAAGGGUGGUCCAACAACGAUUGCCAAUUUUGUAGAUGCGCCCAUCAUUGUCGACAAGAAAUCGGGCGAAUUUUACAAACAACCCAUGUAUUACCAUCUGGGGCACCAUUCUAAGUUCGUACCAGAAAAUUCUGUUCGAAUAGGGGUCACGCAACGUAUAUGUGGUCGAAUAUGGGUCACUGCUUAUCAAAAACCUGAUCGUGGAAUUGUUGUGGUCAUUCUAAACAAGAAAGAUGAAGACGUCACAAUGAGAAUUGUGGAUAAAACUAUGGGAGUGGCUACCUUGAAAAUCAGCAAAAGAUCUAUAAAUACUGUUUUGUAUUGGUACGAUUGAUUGGCACAUAUUUGUUGUAAUAUGAGUAAAAAUAAAGUAACA